GGUUCCUCAGCACGCCUUCGCUCGACCCGCUAGAGCGGGCGGUGCGGAGGAGGUGAACGACAGCGCAGUCGACAAUCUGCUCCUGCACGGAGUCGCUCGCACACCUUCUCCUCCCGCUUAUCGCUCGUGUCUCCGGCGCUUCACCGGCAUCCCUUCAGCGACGCGACGCGCCGCGCGAGGAAAACCGACCGAGAGGAACGGGUCCACGGAACGAGUUUUAAAGUUUUCGUCGGUCAGCAACGACCGAGUCCCUCGGUCAGGUCGCACGGGGCCGUAACGACCGCGUAGGCUAGAUGGAACGUCAGGGAAGAACGGCGUCUCGCUGAAACCGCGAGGAUUCUAGGUCGUCGGGGGCGUCGAUCACGAUGACGCGGUGAUCGGUGGGAAAGACUCGACAGAGGAGCCGCUACGUAGGCUUUGGGCCGCCGCAACGAUGCUGUUGCCGGCCGAUAUGCUUGCGGCCCAGUCCAAGAUGGUGUACCAGAUCAACAAGUACUUCGGCGAGAGGGUGAUGACCAGGAAAAGCCAAGUGAUGAAGACGAUACAGGAGGUCUGUCGCGUUGUGCAGGACGUGUUAAAGGAGGUCGAAGUGCAGGAGCCUAGGUUCAUAUCCUCGUUGACGGACUACAACGGUCGGUUCGACGGGCUGGACGUGAUCUCGCCGACGGAGUUCGAGAUCGUGAUCUACCUAAACCAGAUGGGGGUUCUGAAUUUCGUGGACGACGGCACGCUGCCCGGCUGUGCCGUGCUGAAGCUCAGCGACGGACGGAAGAGGUCCAUGUCCCUUUGGGUAGAGUUCAUUACCGCGUCGGGUUAUCUGUCCGCUAGAAAGAUACGCUCGAGGUUUCAAACUCUGGUGGCGCAAGCCUGCGACAAGUGCGCUUACAGGGACUCCGUGAAGAUGAUAGCCGACACCACGGAAGUGAAGCUUCGGAUCAGAGAGAGAUACGUGGUGCAGAUCACACCAGCGUUCAAAUGCGCGGGGCUCUGGCCACGAUCGGCCUCCCACUGGCCCAUAGCUCAUAUACCUUGGCCCCAUCCGAACAUCGUCGCGGAAGUAAAGACAGAGGGUUUCGAUAUGCUGUCCAAAGAGUGCAUAGGCUUGCAGGGAAAGCAAUCCGCGAUGGAGGGAGACGCCUGGGCGUUAUCGUUCAUAGACGCCGAGAAUCGGCUGCUCCAAGGCGGCAGCAGAAAACGUUGCCUGAGCAUCCUGAAGACUCUGAGGGAUCGACACCUCGAUCUACCGGGCAACCCUGUCACCAGCUAUCACAUGAAGACCCUGUUGCUUUACGAGUGCGAGAAACACCCGCACGAGAUCGAGUGGGACGAGACGUGUAUCGGUGACCGUAUCAACGGGAUUCUAUUGCAACUGAUCUCCUGCCUGCAGUGUCGCAGGUGUCCUCACUAUUUCUUGCCAAAUCUCGAUCUAUUCAAGGGAAAGUCGCCCAGCGGGCUGGAGAACGCCGCGAAGCAAGUGUGGAGACUCACCAGGGAGCUGCUGACCAACAGUCGCGCUCUCGAGAAGCUGUAGUCGAGCCAAACGACCAGACGACGAGGAUUAUCCAAGACGACAUCGACGACUCUGUGCCCGCAGACGUGUAGUGUGUGCUCGCAACGAUCGUUGACGAGAUCAAUUGCGCAUGCAUGAGUGAUUCUGUGAUCCACGGGCCCCGCGGACGAUCGAAUCAGUGCCAUAAAAUACGCUGUCGUUCCGCAUCUCCUUUCGUUCCGCGGCAGAACGUUCCUCGACCCGAUACAGGUCGCCGACGGCAGCUCGCGCCGAAUCGCGAAACAUCGGCGUUUGCUCUUAACCGGUGAUAACCAUUAUUCGUUUGCACAUUGUAUCGUACGCGUUGCUCGACUCCGCACUCGAGAAACGCGAGAUUAAAACCAGAUCGAACGCGAUUUCGAGAGCAAUUUAACGGUCCAUCGUCAUCUUCCGGUAUCGACGACGUUCAGCGCGAGUCACCGGUUACGGGUUCGCUUAGUCUUUUUCUUCUAAUCGACUGUCCUGUCCCCGCCGCAAUGUAAAUACAUCUUAAAAGAUAUUUAUUGAAGUGUAAACGAAAUUGUGAAAUACAAUGCUAUUUAUAUGGAACCGUAGACCACGGUGUUGCUAUUGUCGUCAUUUCGUC